AUGAUCCUUUGCGACACGCAAACGGAUGCGCGACCGGGAAGCACAAGCAUUGUGUCGCGCUUAGGAGAUGGAUCAGAGGCAUUCCCGUUUCGUGUUGGGAUGACGUGCAUUCGGCAAAUCCGCGAUUACAUCUCGGUACAGAAUCGCAGUGACUGUACAACGAUUCUGCACCUCGAUAGUACCCAUAGCAUGGCCAUCCAUGGCUACUCGGUCUUUGCAUUUGGCUACUCGGAUCAAAGUUGCCACUUUGUGCCGCUAGCCUACUUCUGUACAUCCCAGAAGCGGAAGCUGGAUAUCGGUUGGUGUCUUCGCUACAUUAAACGGGUCUGUGUGGAUAUCUGCAAUGUACCUUUUGCCCCUCAGUACGUGAUGAUGGACGCUGACAAAGCCCAAUUCAAUGCAUCCGUGACCGAGCUGUCCCAUUCUACCGUUCUAAUGUGUUGGUUCCAUGUCACUAACAACGUGUGGAAGUACGCAGCGGAGUUCCGCGUCUCCUACGACGACACGGCAGCUGUGUUUGAAGAUCUCUAUGACAUGCACUAUGCACUGCGGCCGGAUUUUGAAGCUGUAAAAGCGCGGGUUUUGGGGAGGCGGAGGGGACUAGCUGCAGGAUCUGCCGUCCGCAAACUUACAGACCAUACCCAGCGCUUUGCUAAAUGGCAGGCGUUCUACACCCCGCGAGGAUAUGCUGCGACCAAUAAUCCGCUUGAGCAGUAUCAU